GGAAAACGCUAAGCUACACUUGAGAGCUUCCCAGCUGUAACUUGUUCUGCUGCCUAUAAAUUUAACUCCAAUGCACUGUAAAUCUUCACACCAACCAAAAUCACUUUUCUCUCUCUAAUUUCUUCAUAGUAAAGCAUUACUCAAAUUAUGUCUGUAGAAGCAGAUUCUUUAGGCAUGGAAGGAGACAAUGACACAUGGAAGGAGACACCACAAAAUCAUCUCAUGAAAGAGAGAACAGACUCUCUCAAUCUAGAGGCUGGUAGAGUUUCUAUGACUUCAACCCAUUUCUCCAAGUUGGAUUGGAGGACUACUCUGAGUUUAGCCUUUCAAAGCAUAGGAAUUGUGUAUGGUGAUAUUGGCACAUCCCCACUUUACGUGUUUUCAGGCAUCUUCACCAAUGGUAUCCAUCACAAUGAAGACAUUCUGGGGGUUUUGUCUCUCAUAAUCUACACCAUUGUGAUCAUACCCAUGAUUAAGUAUGUCUUCAUUGUACUGCAUGCUAAUGACCAUGGCAAUGGUGGGGCAUUUGCACUCUAUUCGUUGAUAUGUAGGCAUGCCAAGGUGAGUUUAAUUCCAAAUCAACAACCAGAGGACAAGAAGCUUUCACAUUACAGACUAGAAACACCAUCUCAUAAUCUGAAUAGAGCCCAAAAGUUAAAGCAAAAGCUUGAGAACAGUUAUUUUGCUCGUGUUGUGCUUGUACUUGUAACCAUGCUGGGGACUUCCAUGGUCAUAGGAGACGGCAUUUUUACUCCAUCAAUUUCAGUUCUUUCUGCAGUGAGCGGGAUCAGUACCUCCUUAGGUCAAGAAGUUGUCGUGGGGAUCUCUAUAGCAAUAUUGAUCGCCCUUUUUUCUCUGCAACGAUUUGGCACUGACAAAGUAGGAUCUUCAUUUGCUCCAAUUCUCUUGGUGUGGUUUUCAUUCAUUGCCGGAAUUGGCAUCUACAAUUUAUUUAAACAUGACAUUGGAGUAUUACGUGCUUUCAAUCCAAAAUAUAUAUUUGACUUUUUCAAACGGAACGGUAAACAAGGAUGGCUAUCAUUCGGUGGAGUCUUACUAUGCAUCACAGGGUCUGAGGCAAUGUUUGCUGACUUGGGUCACUUUAGUGUGCGAGCCAUUCAAAUUAGCUUCUCUUUUGUUGUAUUUCCUUCAAUACUGAUUGCAUAUAUUGGACAAGCUGCAUAUCUACGAAAGUUCCCUGAGAAAGUGUCUAAUACAUUCUAUGCAAGUAUACCUGACCACUUAUAUUGGCCAACAUUUGUUGUUGCUGUUGCUGCUGCCAUCAUAGCCAGUCAAGCAAUGAUUUCAGGAGCAUUUUCUGUUAUAUCCCAAGCACAAAGUCUGGGUUGUUUCCCAAGAGUUAAGGUUGUGCAUACUUCCACUAAGCACAGGGGCCAAGUGUAUAUUCCUGAGGUCAACUUCAUGUUCAUGAUUGCAUGUAUUGUAGUCACUGCUGCCUUCAAGACCUCUGAAAAAAUGACUCAUGCAUAUGGGAUUGCAGUAGUUUGUGAUAUGCUAAUCACAACAAUCUUGGUUUCCCUUAUAAUGCUGGUUAUAUGGAAGAAAAGUAUAUGGGUGGUUGCUCUCUUCUUGCCAGUCGGUUGCAUUGAGCUUCUUUAUUUAUCAUCACAACUGACUAAAUUCACAAAGGGAGGGUUUGUUCCUCUUCUAUUAGCUUUCUUCUUGACAAUAUUCAUGGGAAUUUGGCACUACGUGCAAAAGGAAAGGUACAUGUUUGAACUCAAGAACAAGGUUUCCUCCGAGUAUGUGAGACAACUGGCUAACAACGCAAACAUAAAUCGCAUACCCGGAAUUGGACUUUUGUAUUCUGAGCUUGUACAAGGCAUUCCCCCUAUAUUCCCACACUUCAUUGCUAGCAUUCCAUCCAUUCAUUCAAUUGUGGUAUUUGUUUCCAUCAAGGCUAUUCCUAUUGCAACAGUUGCAUUGGAAGAGAGGUUUCUGUUUCGACAAGAAUGGCCUAGAGAAUAUAGAAUAUUUCGUUGUGUUGUGAGGCAUGGUUACAGGGAUGUGCUUGGGGAUCAUGUGGUGUUUGAGUCACAGUUAGUGCAACAACUGAAGGAAUUUAUAAGACAAGAGAGCUUCAUGGUUGAGUCUGAGGGAACAACAACUGGUGAACAAGAGCCUAUUCCUGCCAACGAGGAUGAGAUGGCUGACAUGCAGCAAGGUUUCAGUUCCACUAUUAAUGUUACAUCAGCUCAAGAAGGAAAAGCUAGGACUAGUAGUUCUUCUGCUAGUGCAAGAGUAAUCCCAGAUCAAGGUGCUAUAGUUGUGUCUCGUGCCUCUUCAGAUUCAGUUCAACCACUUGGGGUGACUAAGGGAGUUGAAGAGGAGAUCAAGUUUAUAGAAAAGGCAAUGGAGAGUGGUGUGGUGUAUAUGCUGGGGGAAGCAGAGGUAGUGGCAGACCCAAAAUCAUCUAUCUUCAAUAAGAUAGUUGUCAACUAUGCUUAUAGCUUCCUGAGGAAGAACUUUCGCGAGGGGGAUAAAUCGAUGGCAAUCCCUCGUAACAAACUUCUCAAAGUUGGAAUGACAUAUGAAAUAUGACAUGACAUACUCUAUUAUAAAUAAUUAAGAUAUAAUGAGUAAGAGGGACUACUUGCCUCAGCUUGUUGCAGUGUCUAACUAAAUAGUUUGUAUUUGUUUUUAAAUGUUAUGGUGUAUGGCAAUGUUUUCUCAACUCCAUGUGAAGGCCUAUAUCCAUUUUAAGAUUCUAGUGUGAGUCUCUGUAGGUAAAACAUUUUAAAACCACCACUUAAUUAUCUCAUUAGAAGCUCUCUAGAUACACUUGACUGUGUUAAUUAAGGUUUAUGUUGAAGUCUAAUCCUCUAUGGCGUUCCUUGUA